AUGCUGCCCGGCCGCGGCGGCGGCGGCGGAGCGGAGGCGGCCGGGGCCGUGCGGAGGCUGCUGCGGGCCGGGGCCGCGGCCAGGCACAAGAUGCUGAGGAACUGGGGCGUUAUCGGGGGGGUGGCGGCGGCUGUGGCUGCGGGGAUGUACGUGCUGUGGGGUCCCAUCAGCGAGAGGAAGAGGCGGCGGAGAGGGCUCGUGCCUGGCCUGCUGAACCUGGGGAACACCUGCUUCAUGAACUCCCUGCUGCAAGGCUUAUCUUCCUGCCCAUCUUUCAUCAGGUGGCUGGAGGAAUUCACAGCUCAGUACAAGCCAGGCCAGGACCAGCAUCAGUACUUGUCAGUCACCCUGCUGCAUCUCCUAAGAGCUUUAUCAUGUCAAGAGGCAACAGAAGAUGAUGUCCUGGAUGCAAGCUGCCUGUUAGAAGUUUUAAGACUGUACAGGUGGCAGAUCUCAUCGUUUGAAGAGCAGGAUGCUCAUGAACUGUUUCAUGUCCUUACCUCUUCCCUGGAAGACGAACGGGAUCGUCAGCCACGUGUGACGCAUCUGUUCGAUGUGCAUUCGCUGGAGCAGCCAGAAAUAACCCAAAAGCAAAUAAGCUGCAGAACAAGAGGUUCUCUUCCCCCUGUGGCACAUCACUGGAAAUCUCAGCAUCCUUUUCACGGAAGGCUGACCAGUAACAUGGUUUGCAAACACUGUGAGCACCAGAGCCCUGUGAGGUACGACACCUUUGACAGUCUCUCGCUGAGCAUUCCAGCAGCUGUGUGGGGUCACCCUAUGACACUGGACCACUGCCUCCAUCACUUCAUCUCCUCCGAGUCUGUGAAGGAUGUUGUUUGUGACAACUGCACCAAAAUCCAGGCUGAAGGGACUCUGAGUGGACAGAGCAUAGAAAACCAGAGAACAACAUUUGUUAAGCAAUUAAAGUUAGGAAAGCUCCCUCAGUGUCUGUGCAUCCAUCUGCAAAGACUGAGCUGGUCCAACCAAGGCACUCCUCUGAAACGACACGAACACGUACAGUUCAGUGAGUUCCUGAUCAUGGACAUCUACAAGUACCACGUUCCUGUUCAUAAAUCAGGCCAGAAUGAGCUGAGUCACAAGAGCUCCGAAGAGACAACGCCUAGAACAAAGGAUGGGAGAGCAGUAAAACCUUCAGAUGCAGAACAGGCUCCUGGUACUAAGUCACUCUUUCUGAAUGGGGCCCGCUCCUCGUCACUUCUCAUGUCCUCGGGAGCUUUUCCACGUGCUGCAUUCCCUGAAUGCAGCGCCCCCGUGUACCUUUACCGGCUGAUGGCAGUGGUGGUGCACCACGGGGACAUGCACUCGGGGCACUUCGUGACGUACCGGCGCUGCCCGGCGCCGCCCCGCAGCCCGCUGGCCGCCAGCCCGCAGUGGCUCUGGGUGUCGGAUGACACUGUCCGCAGGGCCAGCCUGCAGGAGGUGCUCUCUGCCAGCGCUUACUUGCUGUUCUAUGAGCGUGUUCACUCGAGGGUGCAGCACCAGAGCGUGGAGUGGAGGGCUCAAGAGUGAUUAUGGGAGCUGAAGGACAAAACCUGGCCAAGUUCCUCUCAUGAGAUCCUCGUGGCACCUCCUGUUAUGCAAAUAACCCACCACAGGCCCUUUAACUUUGCCCUUUUCCCCCGUGGCAGUGGCUGCCUCCUGCUGGGAGCUGUGCUUUGUACCAAAACCACACUCUGCAGCCCAAAGCUGUAUCUGCAUUAGAGAAGCAUCUGUUCUGUGAGGCAGCAGUUUUGUCAAGGUCACAGCUCUGAAGCAGACAUUUCAAGCAGGCUUCCCAAGGCUGUGUUCCCCCUUGUGACAGCUAGGGAAGUUGUCAGAGGGACAUGCCUAAUCCUGGACAUUUCACUGCAGACGUUUCUGAGCAGGGGAGCCCCAGGAGCAGUCGAUGUGGAACUGCUGUUGUCAAAGGCAAUGAUUUAAGGAACAAAAAGUGCCUUGAGCUGCUUUGAAUAGCCACAGUACCAUCCUCUGAGCCCACUGCCCCCUGUCAGCUGCAUUUGAUAAACAUCUCAAGAUGAUGGGGUAACCUGCUAAUGGAAUCAGGUUUCUCUUGCUCUCCCAGCUCACCAGCAAGAGGCAUCUCUACAUAACAUCCACGAUCCAAAACUCAGCUUCCCUGUUCACGUCAUUGUCCUCAUGUUUCAGCUCUUUACACUUCACAGAAGGACUCCUGCUGACUCCAAGUGGUUUCCUUUCCCCAGAUAAAAAGAGAUACGUUUUUUAGCUCUAAAGACUCGAGACCCCUGAUUUAUUGCUCUGUGUCUUUGGGAUACAGCUGAAAUGAAGAGCCAGAAGCAUUUGCUAGCAGUCAGCACUGUCAUUUCCUUUGUCACUAUGGCUGCUUGUAGUGUUGACUACAACUUUUAAUGCUGUGACUUCAAGGCUACUGUCAUUGGUGUUCUGGAUUUGCUUUUACCUAUUUUGAUGCUGAAGACUGCCAUUUCUCAUCAACCCUUCAGAUAGAUGCUGUCUUGGCUUGCAGCUGAGCUUUAGGGCUUGUACUGGUGGUGAUUGUGAGCUGAGAGGUACAGUAGCUCCAGUGUCCUGGGUAAGUUAGAGUACAGGUGGCUGAAUCAAGACCAUGAGCACUUCCUUUUCCUGUGAAGCAGUACAGCAGCCUGAGAAGAAUGAUGGCACUGCCUGAGAUACACAGAUUGCCAUGUAAGCAGAAGGUGUACUCUGCUGCUCUAGAUUGUCUGACAUGUCAGAAAAAAUAAAUCCUGAACAAAGUGCAGAGGGAGAAGCAGCAAAAAAAUGCCCUUUUGCUUUAAAAUGAUCAGGAAUCAAGUAUGGAGGCUAGUUUUAGCUCUUUUCUAUCCUUUUAAGACAUUCUGACUAACUCAUCAGACAAGCUUUUUGAGUGUAAAAGAGCAACUGAGUUUGCAAAUAGUAAGGACUGUCUUAAUAGUUUUUUUAGGGCAACUUUGUACCUCAUACAUUCACAUUGCUGCCCAAAGCUCAGAGGCAUUCAGAGCUCCUGAGUGGGAGGCUCAAAACCAGCCAACACAGGAGUGGUAAUGGAUGUAUAUGCAAAACUAUUUACACAACUCAUCAUUCCAGAGUAUGGAACACAAUUCCUGCUCCAAGCAAUGCUCAUAGAACAUGCAAUAGUCUUUAUAAUCCAUCCACGUACUAGUUCUGAGAGGUCUCCCUGUCUGUGCUAGGCCUAGCAGUAGCGUGGUUUUCACCUUUCUGCUUUAAGUUAUGGAAAAACUACAACAAAAAACAACCUAGAAAGGUGCAAAAUGCCCCAAAGACCAAAGGCCAUGGAACAAAGACCUAAUGGACUUGCAGAAGGUGGAAGGCAGCAUGGGUGUGCAGCAGCAAUGCUGGGUGUCAUCUAGGAAAAGACAUCAUGCAAAGCAGGUCUCCCUGAACCUCAGAACUGGACAUUUCCACUGCCAGCACUGUACAUUCUGCAAUUCUGGGGUCUGUUUGGAGUUUAACUGAAGUUUUGAGAAGUUCAUCUGAACAGGUCACUUGGCUUUGAAAGCAGCAACGCUGCAGGGGGGGGCAGACGGCACACACACAGCAGAUGAAGCCUCGACCUCAUCAGCUUGUUCCAGGGACAUAAACCUACACAGUGCUGCACCUGCAAGGUGUUCUUCUUUGGAACAGAGCUGCUUUCCAGCAGGGGUCAGCUUGAUGAGAAUCACAGCUCAGUUCCACUCAUACAGAGAUUUACUUUGCAAGCUCCCUCAAGGGCCAUGGAGAUGAGGGUUAAGGAGUUGCUGUUUGUUCUGUCACCCUCGGGAAGGAGGAGAUGUUUUUGGCUUAGCCCUUGGUGUGAGGAAGGGAGCAAGUGUCAGCACCUCAGUCCUAGUCCUGAGCUGUGCUAGGUUCUCCCAGCCUAACAGGAAGAGCAAAGAGCUCUGCAGAUGUUUGCCACCCAAGCCCUCACCUUUGAAGUCACUGGGCUCUGUGCAGGCACCAUGAAGCUCAUGAAGUGCUGUCAUUACUCACAAGCUUCUGUGGUGGAGGAGGUGUUAAUAAAAUGUAGAAGGUUAAACACCACCAGAUAAGAGCUCCAAGAUGACAUCUCUCUGUUUGGGUUUUUCUUGUCUUAUUUUGUUUGUUAUUUAAAAUAAUGUGUGUUCUAGUCAAACACUGUGCUGCUGUUUGAAGUUGCAUUUUCACUUCAGGGUAUUUUUGUAACUGUACAGUAGCAAUAAAAGAACAAACUUAUUAAGAAAA